AUGCCGGCCGCAGAUGUGUUGCUACAUGCAGGAGACCUCACCAACACUGGUGAGCUUGAGCAAGUUCAGUCGUUCAGCAAGUGGCUGGCAGAUUAUCCCGCAAAGAACAAAGUGGUCAUUGCCGGCAAUCAUGACAUCACCUUCCAAGAGGACUACUAUGUAUCCCGCGGAGCACAGCGAUUCCACGGAGGUGUUCGUUACAACUGCAGCCAGGUCAAGCAAGUGCUGAAGAGCGUGAUCUACUUGGAGGACCUUUUCAGAUCCCUGCAUCAGACCAAUCGCGUUGACGCUGCAAACGACACGUCUGCAGAAGUCCAUGGCUACAAGAUAUACGGUUCUCCGUGGCAGCCAGAGUUUUACGACUGGGCCUUCAACCUGCCCCGUGGAGCUCAGCUGCAGAAGCGUUGGCGUUCCAUUCCCGUGGACACCGACAUCCUUCUGGUGCAUGGACCGCCAGCUGGAUUCGUGGAUAUCACCCCGGUAGGGAAAGUUGGAGAUGUUGAUUUACUGGCUGCCAUCCAGAAUCGCAGCAUUCCAGCCGUGGUCACAGGACACCUGCAUAUGGCGCAUGGUACUGCGACAGACGGUGUGACCCUCUUUGUCAAUGCUGCCACCUGCACAGAAGACUACCAACCCAUACAGCCGCCCAUUGUAUUUGACCUGCCGCCUGUCGAGCAACUCAGGGAAGUCGUGAAGAAAGCAGGACACCAAUGA